CUUGUUUUUUUUUUGGGCCAGAUCCGCAUCCGGGAUCCGAAUCAAGGGGGCAGAGACAUAACGGAAGAAAUUAUGUCCGGUGGAGGGAGCAGGAACCCCACGCCUCCUGCUGUCCGGCCCACCUCGACCCCUACGCCGCCCCAGCAGCAGCUGCCCAGCCAGGUCCCCGAGCACAGCCCGGUGGCUUGCGGGACUGUGGAGACCUCUCCCCUCCCUGCCGGCAGCCCCACCGCAACGACGGGCGGCCACAAGCAAGAAGAGAAGCCUAAAACAGAUCCAGUAUUAAAAUCUCCUUCCCCUGCCCUCAGACCGGAGCCGAGUGGAGAGAGGAAAGAACAAGCGGGGACCCCCCCCUGCCCAGAGACCUCCUUGGAGCCUCCUGGUCCCGCUGGAGCCCCCUCCCUUGCAGUCGUGCCCCCCAGCAGGUCGCCACUCGCACCGAGCUCGCAGGACGGGUGCGAACUGGCUUCCCCGCCACAGGAGGCUCCUCCUCCUCCUCCUCCUCCUCCUCCGCUCGCCAGGGCUGGGCCCUGCCUGGAAUUGCCCAGUUGCCCCCUGGCGGAGGAGGCCGACCCAGAGAGAUGCCGGGAGGAGCCCUGUAGGAUAAUCCCCGAUGACCUGCACCAGACUCCUAGUGCUAAUCUAAUUAACGAACUCAAUGGAGUUCCCGAAAGGAUAACGCUCAGCGAGGACGUCCCGGAACUCAGCGGAGCGAAGGAAGCCGUGGCUCCGGCCCUGGAACCGGCGAGUGAAGAACCGGAGGUGGAAUGCGCCCCGCCGGCAGCUUCUGUGGUUCCUCCUAGCUCCCCCUCGCUGCCUCCGAGGCCUCCCCAUUCUCCCCUUGCCCUGCCCGUGGCUCCUGCUCCCCACCUUCCCCCGUCUCCUCCCCGCUUGCCUUCCCCUCCUCUCCCGCCGGGUGGUGCUGCUCCGCCCGGCCUCCAGGGGGAUUUGGACAGAGAGGGGUCCCCCUUACCGAUUCUGAGCGAAGACCCUCCCAAUGCGAAAGACGAAGUGGAGUUGGACGGCCGGACGGAAGAAGAAGAAGAGGAGGAGGAGGACUUGGAAGAGGAUGACUUCCAGGGCUCGAGUGCCAAGGCAGACCUGGAAGAAGCCCCAACAGCUACAGCUGCACCAAAGAUGUGGAAGAAACCAAAAGAACCGAGCCAGGCAGCCGAGGAGGAAGGGCUGGAGGCGGCGGAGCCUGAGCCCCAGGCAGAAGAGGCCCUCGGAGAGGAGCAGGUCCCUGAAGCUGAGCAAGAGGCCGAGAGUCUGGACAGGGCCUCCUCUCCGCCCGACCUGAAAGUAGCCAACGCGACCGAAGAAAACGGCGAGCGGGAAGGAGAGCCCCUCCGCAACGGGGCCGAGGGGGCUCCCGAGAGUGAAGGAGGAGGCUGCGUGGAGAGUGCGAGCGAAGCCCCCGCCUGCCCGAUCAAGCCAGCUCCAGAGAGAGGUGUGAGAGCAACGUUUCCGCCACUACAGAACAGUGGAAGCCCGUGGACACCGGAGGGAAGAAGCAGUACGAUCGGGACUUCCUGCUGGACUUCCAGUUCAUGCCCGCCUGCAUCCAGAAGCCGGAGGGGCUGCCGCCGAUCAGCGAUGUCGUCCUCGAUAAGAUCAACCAGCCCAAACUGCCUCUUCGGACGUUGGACUCUCGGAUCUUGGCCCGGGGCCCAGACUUCACCCCAGCCUUUGCCGAUUUUGGAAGACAAGUCCCCGGAGGACGGGGGCAGCGCGGCCUGCAAAGUGCAGCCUCCGCCUGGACUCCCCUCUGGCACUCGAUGUGGCACCCCAGCGUGCCCCUUGUUGGUCUCGUCUCACCCGCAGCUGAGGAACCUGCAAAUAGGGAUGCUGAAUGUCGGGCAGAGGAGAUCUCAGCCGAGCCAGAGGAGGGAGCCCAGGAAGAUCAUCACGGUUUGCGUCAAGGAGGACGUCCACCUGAAGAAAGCGGAGAACGCCUGGAAGCCAAGCCUGAAGAGAGAGACCCACGUGGAGGACCCCGAGAGCAUCAAAACCCAGGAGCUCUUCCGCAAAGUCCGCAGCAUCCUGAACAAGCUGACCCCGCAGAUGUUCAACCAGCUCAUGAAGCAGGUGACCGACCUGACGGUGGACACGGAGGAGAGGCUGAAGGGGGUCAUCGAUCUGGUCUUCGAGAAAGCCAUCGACGAGCCCAGCUUCUCCGUAGCCUACGCCAACAUGUGCAGGGGCCUGGUCAUGCUGAAGGUGCCCAUGGCGGACAAGCCCGGCAGCACCGUCAACUUCCGCAAGUUGUUGCUGAACCGCUGCCAGAAAGAAUUCGAAAAGGACAAGGCCGACGACGACGUCUUCGAGAAGAAGCAGAAAGAGCUGGAGGCCGCCACCACCCCAGAGGAGAGGACUCGGCUUCACGACGAACUGGAGGAGGCGAAGGACAAGGCCCGAAGGCGGUCCAUCGGCAACAUCAAGUUCAUCGGAGAGCUUUUCAAGCUGAAGAUGUUGACGGAAGCCAUCAUGCACGACUGCGUGGUGAAGCUGCUGAAGAACCACGACGAGGAGUCCCUGGAGUGCCUGUGUCGCCUGCUGACCACUAUCGGCAAAGACCUGGACUUCGAGAAGGCCAAGCCUCGAAUGGACCAGUACUUCAAUCAGAUGGAGAAAAUCGUGAAGGAAAGGAAAACCUCCUCCCGAAUUCGGUUCAUGCUGCAGGAUGUCAUUGACCUUCGGCAGUGCAACUGGGUGUCGCGGAGGGCAGAUCAAGGCCCAAAGACCAUCGAGCAGAUCCACAAAGAAGCUAAAAUAGAGGAGCAGGAAGAGCAGCGGAAAGUCCAACAGCUGAUGACCAAAGAGAAGAGGCGGCCCGGUGUCCAGAGGGUGGAAGAAGGAGGCUGGAACACCGUGCAGGGGGCAAAAAAUAGCCGUGUGUUGGACCCCACCAAGUUCCUUAAAAUCACCAAGCCCAGUAUAGACGAGAAGAUCCAGCUUGUGCCUAAAGCCCAGCUGGGCAGCUGGGGAAAGGGCAGCAGCGGCGGAGCCAAGGCCAGCGAGAUCGAUUGUUUACGACCAAGUGCCACUAGCCUGAACCGCUUCUCUGCCCUGCAAGCCCCCGCCUCGACCAUCUCUGGCACCACCCUGGAGCUGGAUCCUCGCAGGGCCGCCUUGACCAGCCGGGGGAGCACCGGCCGGGAGAAGAACGACAACAAGCUGCCGCCCUCCGCGGCUUCCCGUCCCAACGCCUUCCUGAGGCUGAGUAGCAGCGGCAAAGAGCAGCUCUUGGACAACCAGGCCCAGGAGGAGCAGCGGAGGGAGAUGCUGGAAACUGUGAAGCAGCUGACGGGCGGCCUGGAAAGCGACCGGAACAGUACGGAGGUGGAGAAGAGCAAAGCCCGGGAGGCAGUCAAGUCUGAAGCCCCCGUUCCUCACCCCCAAGAAAAGCCGGCCCUGUCAGACGAGGAAAUGGAGAGGAAGUGCAAAUCGAUCAUCGAUGAGUUCCUGCACAUUAAUGAUUACAAGGAAGCCGUGCAGUGCGUGGAGGAGCUGAACGUGCCUGGCAUCCUGCCGGUGUUCGUGCAGGUUGGUGUGGAGUCCACCCUGGAGAGGAGUCAGAUCACCAGAGACCACAUGGGCCAGCUGCUCUAUCAGCUGGUGCAGUCAGAGAGGCUCAGCAAGCAGGACUUCUUCAAGGGGUUUUCGGAUACUUUGGAGACCGCUGACGACAUGGCUAUCGAUAUCCCCCACAUCUGGUUAUACCUAGCUGAAUUGGUGACGCCAAUGUUGAAAGAAGGAGGCAUCUCUAUGAGAGAACUUGUGAUAGAAUUUAGUAAACCUUUACUUCCUGUGAGAAGAGCCGGGGUUUUGCUUUCCAAUAUAUUGCACCUUCUAUGCAAACAAAUGAGCCAUAAGAAAGUGGCAGCCUUAUGGAGGGAGGCUGGCCUCCGCUGGAAGGACCUCCUACCUGAAGAGGACGAUGUCCACACCUUUCUCCUGGAGCAGAAGUUGGACUUCACAGAAACUGACAGUCCCAGUUCCUCAGAAGCACUUUCCCCGAGAGAACUCUCUGCCGAAGAGCUAAACAGGCAGCUGGAGAAACUCAUUGUUGAGGAAGAAGCCGGUGACGAGCAGAUCUUUGACUGGGUAGAGGCUAAUCUCGACGAAAGCCAGAUGAGUUCACCUACAUUCCUUAGAGCUUUAAUGACGGCCGUUUGUAAAGCAGCUGUUUUAGUGGAUAUCUCUAGCUUGCGAGUGGAUACGGCCGUUAUCAAGCGGAGAGUGCCCAUCUUACUCAAGUACCUAGACUCGGACACAGAGAAGGAACUACAAGCACUUUAUGCACUGCAGGCAUCAAUAGUAAAACUUGACCAACCUCCUAAUUUGUUACGGAUGUUUUUUGAUUGCCUGUACGAUGAGGAGGUGAUAUCAGAGGAUGCCUUCUACAAAUGGGAAAGCAGCAAAGACCCAGCGGAGCAGAACGGGAAAGGCGUAGCGCUCAAAUCCGUCACCGCGUUCUUCACGUGGCUACGAGAAGCCGAAGAAGAGUCUGAGGAUAAUUAAAACUGAAUAUACUAAAAAAAAAAAAAAAAAAAGAAGGAAAAAAAAGGAGAGAAAAAAAAAAGAAAACAAAAACAAUUUAAGUAUUUUUUUUAAAAAAAGUUUCAUGUCUUCGCCAAUCACAGAAGUGCAGCAAGGCCAAUUCUCGCGCAGAAAUCCCCCCUUUUCCCCACAUGUGCACGAGCGGGGAGAGGAGAGGAAGAAAAAAAAAAAAGUCACACACGCAAAGGCGAUCAUGGAGGACAGAAAAGUACUUGAAAAUUCAAGUCCACGCAAACCUGAGGGGCAGGAGCACGAAACCAAAAUACAUCUUUAUUAUUUAUAGAAAACUAUUUUCUGUUUUAAUUUUUUUUUUUUUUUUUUUUUUGGUCAUUUUUAAACAAGGACUCAUACUUUAAGAAGAACAAAAUCUGUUUAGACAAAGCAAAAAAAAAAACAAAAAACGAGAACUAUAAUUUAUUAUUUGAAGAACUGCAAGCGUCAGUGUAAUUUUUAAAUUUGCAGUUUCUGUAAACAAAUUGUAUAAUAGACAAAACAAAACAAAAAGCAGAGAAAUAAAUUUCCCUCCCUUUCAGAUCCACCUCAAGUAUUUUUGUUUGAAAACACAGUUACCCGAGUCAUAACUUCUUAAAGCGGGGGGUGUUCAGGAAUGAGAUAGUAGAUAAGGGAGAGGAACUUUCAGGACAAAAAAACAAACAAAACAGACCUCCAGAUCUUCCUGCCUGCCUCUCGGGUUGCUUCCAAAAUUUAAGACAAAAGAAGCAAAAAA